AUGUUCUUUGAUGUAAGAAGGCGCCGCAAAUUCAAGAAGACUGCAGUAUAUAAGGGUCGCCUGUGGUUGAAACACGUUUCCUCAGCCUUCCUACCUCCGCGGUUGUACACUCAGGGUUCGCUCCCCUUGCACGCGGUUCCGCCUUCGCCCAUCCGUGAACCCGACCACGACCGCAGGGGUCGUAAAACCGAAGCUUACAUUCGAAUACAACUUUCGCGUUUACACAUGGCCGAGGUCAUAGCUGAGACCGGCAAAACGCGCCCCCUGCACCCCACAGGCUGUCUACACAGUCAAAAAUUGAACCAGAGGAACCUAGUCGUGUGCAUUGACGGCACAGGGAAUGCGUUCGGGAGAAAGAAUACAAACGUCAUUGAACUCUAUAGUCUCAUCGAAAAAGACAUCCCGGAUAUUAACGGCAACGUCCAGUGCACCUACUACAACAGCGGGAUCGGGACUUACGCCGAAUCUUCGACGAGAUCGCUUCGACAGUGGUUCAUCCAGAACCUCGAUCUCGCUUUCGCUGUGCACUUCAAGGACACGAUACUUGAUGCUUACCGCUGGCUGUCCGAAACAUACCAGACUGGUGAUCGUAUCUUUCUCUUCGGAUUCUCCCGUGGCGCAUAUCAAGUUCGUGUGCUAUCAGCAAUGAUAGAUAAGGCAUGUCUGCUCAUGGCAUGGCAUCUCAUCAUAACACGUAUUGAGUCCAGAGAAGGUUGGCCUCCUUCACCCCGGAAACGAAAAACAAAUCCCAUUGUUAGUACAGCAUAUCACUAUACAACGCUGUACGCCGCAUUGACCGUAAUCCCCACGAUCAGCGCGUACAGCUGGUACACGAAACCUGGCCCGUCGACGAAUUCAUCGACAAACUUCUUGCCCACAGUACUAGGACACCCGAUCGACUCAGCGGACCUCUUCAAGACGGCCUUCUCACGUACUGUGAGGGUUCAUUUUGUUGGCGCAUGGGACACGGUGUCAUCCUUGGGCUUCGGCCGCGGACGAUCAGAACUUCUUGGCGGAACCGAUGAAGGCAUGACGCACGUCUGUUACUUUCGGCAUGCUCUUGCAUUAGAUGAACGGCGAGUCAAGUUCUUACCCGAGUACGCCAAUGGGGGUAGGGGUCCUUCAGCUCGAGUGGUGCUCCCCCAGUACAAAUUUCAUGACACGAAGGAAGUUUGGUUUUCAGGAACGCACUCAGACGUGGGCGGCGGAAAUAUCGAGAACCCGACGUUCAAUACUACCCGUCCUGCGCUCAGAUGGAUGUAUAUCGAAGCGUCCAUCGCCGGACUGCACUUAAAUCGAUUCGAGCGUGCGUCCGCAGGCGUCGACAAGCUCGAGCCCAUCGAAUCUCUUCGCGGCCUCUUAUAUCAACUCUGCGAGCAUCUCCCUUUCCGGCGCUUGGUAUACAGUGUGGCACAGAGGGUAGAUAGCUCUCAUGAGACGCUAUCAUCCACCGUGGCAGAUGAGCAGACCUUGCCUCACAGAUCGUGGCCGAGCGGAUGGUGGGCGAGCUGGUGGAUAGCCUUUGAAAUCCCGGCGCUGCUGUUAUGGAAGUUAAUCGAACUUCUCAUCUGGAUUUCGCGACUGCUCCCCAAACUAUUUCCUCGGAUGCUACGGGGUGUCUGGAGCACCAUGCUAUGCAAACGGACUGAAGGCGAGGCGGUAGUAGCUGAAGGAUACACGAAGCGUGAGGAAACUAUGUUUUGGCCACCUCAUCGCGGACAAGGGCGUAUCCUUCAACCUGGCCAGAAGAUCCAUGCGUCGGUCUGGAGAUCUGAGCUCGCACCUCUCACAGAGACACACAAGUCGGUCAUUCAUCCCAUCCUUGGGUGCAUAUACCAUCAUUCCUUGUCGCAGUCAAAGUAUAUUCCCAGCGCCAAACUUCCAUCCAAUCCACAUUUCUGGGAGCAUUUUAUGCAACCGCUGAACGAUGUCACGAUGGCUCCUCGUUUGCUCGACCAGUACGAGCAAUGGAAGGAGGUGGACCUUUACGAUUCAAUGGAGGAUCUCGUUCAUCAGUAUACCCAUAGUGAGGUUGCGGAUCCCAACAACGAUGAACAACGCACACAACUGGCAAUCAUGUAUAUCCAUGCAAAGUCACUGCUGUAUGGACAUGACGGACCUGUCAGAUCGGUUGCGUAUUCAGCUGGGACCUAUGGCACUCUGCGUAUCAUCUCAGGUUCUGCCGACAAGACAAUCCGGAUCUGGGAAGCGGAGACAGGAGAGAAGAAAGGCAUGCCUCUCGUGGGAUCCAUCGAUGCCGUACAGAGUGUCGCAAUCGAUCCGAACGACAUCUAUGUCGUAGGAGGUUCGACCGACUCGAAGGUCCGACUGUGGGAGUUGGAAACCGGCAUAAUGAGCAAUCCUUUCGAAGCGCACAGCGGCACUGUCUGGUCCGUGGCGGUCUCCUCUGACGGGGAGCGAAUCGUAUCCGGCUCGUACGACCGCACGCUUCGAGUGUGGGAUGCCAACAGCGGGCAACAGAUAGGAGAACCACUCGCCGGUCACGAAGGCACCAUCUACUCUGUCGCAAUUUCCGGGGACAGCAUGCACGUCGUCUCCGGAUCCUCUGACAGGACCGUUCGCAUCUGGAAAGUUAAGCUCGAUACCGGAGAAUUGGAGUCAAUGAGGAUACUGAAAGAACACACCGGUACGGUUUGGUCGGUUGCAUUUUCCCCGGACCGCGCGCACGUCGUUUCGGGAUCAGCCGAUGGGACAAUCAGUGUCUGGUCAACGAAGACCGACAAGAACGUCGAGGAAGCUUUCACUGACGAGGGAUACACCGAUCACCGCGACGUUACUGCUGUUGCAUUCUCUCCAAAUAGCAAGCGUAUCGUUUGUGGCUUCGAUAGCGGCAGUAUAGGUGUAUGGGACAUAGAUAAACAGAGACCGGUCGGUCAACCAUACAAAGGGCACUCUGACGGCGUAACCUCCGUAGCAGUCUCUCCAGACGGAGAGUGUAUUGUAUCGGGCUCUUAUGAUAAAACGGUCCGGAUCUGGGACAUCAUAGAGCAGUUGCAGCCGACGCCCAGAGAACUCUAG